ANUGCUCGGGUCUUUAUCAGAAUGCAUGCAUUCAAAGAAUGCUGAAUUGUCUCAGAAAGUUGGGGAUAUUUCACGAGGCUUGCAGAUGCCUGGAUAUAUCCCUGAGUUAUAACUGAAUCAAGGGUACGUUCAGAAGUUUCCGUUGCAUGUGAGACUGUAGUUAACAACGUAUAUGUACAAGCAAAUAAAGAAAGCAAUGCAAGUGGAUUGCCAGAAACAUUCACAUUAACAAGGUGAAAAACUUUUAGAUUGAGGAGGGUAACUUGUGACAUUGAAAAUAUAGUUUCUAGGCCAUCACACAAUGCUGCACUUCCAAAGGACAAUCAUUCUCAUGGUAAUGAUGAUUCCAGCACUGCUUCCAAGGAUAUCUUUCCUGAAGCUAAACAGAAAUAUGAAAGCACUUCAGCUAUAGAUCAGGCUCUAAACAAACCCAAAAUACUUGUGGAGCAUAAUGAAUCUGAUUUCAACUCCCAACAAGAACCAGAAGGAUUUCCUAUUGACGUCUCAAUUUGUAAGUAUAUGCACCUGCUGUUCUACUUGUUUCCACUGUUUAUUUCAUCUCCAUCUUUGCCUUCUCAAAUUCUACAAUAAAAACACUGGUCUGCCUAAAGAGGAAGUUUGAGAUAAACAAACCCUCAGCUGUUCCUGCAAAGAUCUCAAAGCUUCCAUACAAGACUUCAGCCAAUAAUAGUAAGAAGAAAAAUAAUUGGGAGACAUGGAAGGUCAAUUCUUCAAAACAAAUUUCCCAAAGAAAAUUUGUUUUCCUCUGGGAUGACAUUCAUUUUGGAGCCAUUUGCCAGUCUUGGAGAUCAGUCUCGUGAUACAAAAUCCCAUCAUCCUGCACUGAAGUGGCUUCAAUUUCUCCUGGUUUUGAAUUUCUCAGUCAUUCCGUGGGCUGGUUAGUAAUUAUAAAGAAGCAGAAGACUACUAUCUUAAUCCCUUUAUAUUAGGUAUGGUUGGUAUGGGACAUUGAUGGUUGAUGAUGAAUCGCUCUGCCGUGGCUCUUUGUUGGUCAGGGCUCAGAAAAAUGCAUCACCUUUUAGUUUGCUGGUAGGUACUGCAAGGAGGAGAUUCUGGUGAAUGGAACAAGAUCUUCAAAUAUGCAUAACCUUUUAUAGAGUAGCGAGCAUGCUUUGUUCAUGAAUGUGAAUCUUCUCGAUAGAACAUAGCUAAAGUUUCUUGGCUUUACUCAAUGAAUUCGAAGGUUCGAGAAGAUUUGAAUUCUUUGUGUUCAGUGCAUUAGUUUGAAGUUUCGAGAAGAGGAUCAGCAUCACUUUUGACUGUUAUAGAUAUCUAUUCUGCUGCAGAUGGACCCCAGCAUGUUGCAUGUUCAAGAUCUUCGUACAGGUGACCCUACAACUUUGCUUUCUGAGGAGCUUUAUGAAAAUGGAGGUCCAAAUGACAUUGCAGAAAAUGGAAGUCCAAAAGCAGAGGUUAAGUUUGCAGAAAAUGUAGACACAGAAGAGGUUCCUAAGGUACUACCACCUAUAGCGCGAGAGGAUUCACCAAAGUCUUAUGCAUCAAUUCUUGUGAAGGUCAAUGCAUCACCAAUAUCCGUUCAUGUGCCAACUACGAAGGCGAAGCCAGUCUUCCCAAAACCUGAGAAAGUGCCUCUUCCUUCAACAACAUCUGCUCGUGCUUCUAAAGUCACGACUAGUGGUAGCAAUAGUACGUCAGAGACGAAUGAUUCCCAUAAAGGAGGUCACUCCAUCUUCGUUCGUAAUUUACCUCUGGAUGCUACUAUUGCUCAAUUGGAGGAGGUAUUCAAGAAGUUUGGACCAAUUAAACCGCAAGGCGUACAAGUCAGAAGCCACAAGCUGGAACAUAAUUGUUUUGGCUUUGUUGAAUUUGAGUCAUUGGACCCCAAGCAAGCUGCAAUGGAGGCGUCACCGAUAAUCGAGUUUUCUCUAUGCUGAAAUAUAUGCUCUUUUUAGUACAAGCAUUUUGUAUGGAAAUCACAUGGUUUCAUCAUUCUGGCUUAAAUUGAACUCUCCACAUGUUGUUCAUCAAUUUUAUUUAGGUUAGUGGGACUCAUUAGCAUGUAAAAUUCUUCAGUAUAUUCUGCAACCGAGCGAUUAAGAAUGGAGCUGAUU